UCACAAGAAACACCGAGGUGAAAUUGUAGGUGGCUCCACGUUGAGGCUCACAGCUCGGUCAGCAUCUCCCCCGGCCGGUCUCGCCCUCCGCCGGACGACAACGGCACGGUUCGUUUCAUCCCGAUAUUGUUGUUAUUUAAACUUUUACUUUCAACAAACUCCGUCGGCGCCGCAUGUGAACCCAACAUGACUUUCAGGAGGCUCAAAAAAGUGAACUCCAGCGGGCCGGAGACCGGACCCGCAUCUCAAGACAACGACAUUUAUUUCCCUUCGUCGAAGUCCGACAGCUGUCGGACGACCGCGGACUUACCGACCAGCUCGACGGAGGUCUACAACUACCGGACCCUGGCUUACUCCGGUGGGACGCUGCCCAGGAACUUCAAAAAGGGUGGUGGGCUGCAGAAGUGGAAACCCCUAACACAGUCACCAGAACCACAAAGGAAGGUGGUGGUCCUGGAGAAAAACGAAGAGGAGACGUUUGGUUUUGAGAUCCAGACUUACGGCCUCCACCGUCAGGACCAAAACUCGGUGGAGAUGUGUACGUUUGUGUGUAAGGUGCAUGGCGAUAGCCCGGCCCAGCAAGCGGGACUCAUAGUUGGGGACACCAUCGCAAGUGUGAACGAGGCCUCCGUGGAGGGAUUUCGGCACAAAGAGAUCGUUCAGCUCAUCAGGGCCUGCGGCAACACACUGAGGCUGGAGACGGUUUACAGUGACUCAAUCCGAAAAGCAGAGCUGGAGGCCCGGCUGCAGUAUCUGAAGCAAACCCUUCACGAGAAAUGGGAUGAAUAUCGGUCGCUGAUGGUGCAGGAGCAGAGGCUUGUUCAUGGAAUAGUAAUGAGCGAUGCUGCAGUGUACGAGUCCCUGGAGUCAGCAGGCGUGUACGGCAGCCUUGGCGCUCCCAGCCCCGCCGCUCAGAGAGCCCUCCGCAGCACCGGCAGCACCAGCAGCAGCGCCAGCUUUCUCAGCACAGCCACUGAGGACGACCCCCUCUACCAGACCUGCCUGUACCAAGCAGACGGCAGCGCGGACUCAGACAGCGGCGGUGCGGACAAAAAGAAAGAACAGCAGCAGCCGCUGAGGCAGCAGCGUCUCCGGCCGGCCAGCGAGCUCUUCACGACGGCCAAAACGCAGCUGACCCGCAGCGCCAGCACACGCAGCUACAUGAGAGGAUCCACGUCGUCGUCGGCGACCUCGGGCGAGAAGCAGGGAGGAUUCAACUCACUGCAGAGGAAGCCCAAACAGAAGAGCUUCCGCAGGCGCCUCCUCAAAUUCAUCCCCGGUCUGAACCGACCGCUGGAGGAGGAGGAGAGCAAACUGUGAGCAGCAAACGGAGCUGCUCACUUUAAAGACUUAAAGCACCAGUGACUGUGAAACUAAACUGCCAAAGAAAACAGAGCAAGCAGUCCUAAAGAGUGAAGAAAUUGAGACCAAAGUGUAAAGGCUCUACAGUUGCACCUCUCCUUGUUUGAAUUGGUAGACCAAUGAACAUUUGGCUACAUUCAGUAGCUUUCAGUGUUUUGCAGCUGUACAUAACUUUUGUUUUUAUUUGUUUUGUUCUUUUAAGUUAUUUAUUUAUUUUAACAUGUUUGGUUUAUGUACAGAAUGAAGCAUUUUUCAGUCUUUACUGCAUGCAAGAAUUUUAUUUUGACAGCUGAAUAAAUGCCUUGUUACGAA